UAUCUCGGUACAACCUGUGUCUGUUUCGCGUCUUGAUUCCUGCUUUAUAUCCUUCUAUACCAACUAAUUCCUAAUUCACCCAACUCAAAAUGGACCAGUUCGACAUCGAAGCAGGUCUCGAGUCAUAUGCAGCGUCCUUCGACCACACUGCCCGAAACGCCGGCCUCAAUGACUACACAAAGUUCUUAUCGACAAAGCUUGACAGGCUCGUCAUGGCAUACAUCCUAGAAGCAUUCCGAGACCUCGGUGUCGAUCUGCGAUUCUUCGGCUCUGGCGAACGAGUCCCCAACUUCGUAGUUCUUCCCCGAUUUCUCAAGAUCAGGACGCGUCUAUGGGACAUCGUUGAGAGCAACGGGCUCAUUCGUCGCAGCACUGCUGGGGUGAUGGUGCGCACUGCUUCGUCGGCACAUGCCCGUCCUUCCUCGGAGCUUCACGAGAAGCUCCUGCGCGAGUAUCCAAACUAUGCAGCUGAGCUCCGACUCCUUCAACUUACUGGCCCCAAGCUCGCAAAGUGUAUGCGAGGACUCGAGGACCCGGAGGAGCUGCUGUUCGGAUCGGAAGAGGCGCAGAACAUUGUCGAGGCGUUCGAAUACAGCUCUCCCCUGGCCAGCACGAUGAAGGACCAGCUCGUCACAUUCGUUGCAAGCACUCUUCAAAGCUACGACAGUCAAUCGACGGCCACUCUGGAGAUCCUCGAGAUUGGUGCCGAGACUGGCCACUGUACCGAUCGUAUGUUGGACACUCUCGCCCGCUCUGGCGUCAAGUACCACUACACCUUCAGCGACCCAUCGUCGAAGAUGCUCGCCAAAGCCCAAGCAAAAUACCAGCACACCAACAGCAACAUGUUCUUCGAGCACCUACACCUCGACCACGCCAUCCCCUCCGACCUCCAGCACAAAUACGACAUCAUCAUCGGCACAAACCUCUCGCACGCCAUGACCGACCGGACAAGAACCCUCCAGCAAAUGCGCAGCAUGCUCUCCCCACACGGCUUCACGCUGUGCUCCGAAAUCACCACGUCCAUCGAGUGGUAUGACCUCGUAUUCGGACUGCUGGACAGCUGGUGGUGCGGCGCCGGCUACGCGCUGCAGCCCACGCAGUUCUGGAUGGAGGCGUUCCGCAACGCCGGAUACUACGCCGCAACAUUCUCACGUGGACAGUCGCAAGACGCGAACAUCGAGCGGCUGCUGAUCGGCACGAAUUUCCCGCUCAGUGCGUCGCUGGUGCAGGGCUCGCGAUGCCCGUCGCCGCGAGGCGGGUUGCCGAGAGUGGAUAGCUAUAUGGAUGGCUUGGACAAGAAUGCACAGUCGAGCAUGGUCGAUCUGUACAGGGUGGCUGCGAGGGCGUAGAUACUGAUACUCGGGGUUAUGAUUUUGGGGGUUUCUGUUUGCAUAUGGCUAGUCCACGGCUAUCAGGUCCGUAUAUAGGAGUUCAAUGUUUCCAUUUGUUACAACAGACGUGUCGUCAGCGACGCAUAGAUGGAAGAAUGGCAAUAUAUUGACAAUGUUUGUUUCGCUUCAAAGAAUUUAUUGUCCGAUCUCGUCACGCUUGUAGCAAAGGGUCUGUUCAUAGACAGGCUGCGAGCUCUCGUGCAAGAGCAUUACAGCGUGUACACAGAGAUUUUGAAAGCGACAGACACAGUAGUAUUCCUGUUAUGUUAGUGACUCAUCUGAAGGUGCAUCAAAGAUAUACUAAUGUAGUGUCUUUUCAGCUCCUUAGCGCCGAUCCGUACUUAUA